UUUCUCUUCACACUAGUGCAUCACACAGUAUGGUUAAAGUUGUUCGUACGCAUUAUUUGGAAUUACCUUUUCAUUAGUGUGUCGGUCGGAGUUCCGAAAAGUAAAUAAGUGAACGCCUAAAGAAAACCUGAACAAAAUUAAAAUAUCAACUAUUUGGAAUAUAUAAUAAUAAUUGUGUAGUUAAAGAGCAAUUGUGAAAUUGUGGGCUUGUGCACAUUUUUGAAGAAAAAAAAAAACUAAAUUAAAUUUGUAGUGGAAAAAGAAUUUCAUGAGUGCAAAAAUGCCGUAUUUGAAAGAAGAUGAAAUUACAAUCAAUGCAAAAACGGCGACCACAGCUACGUCGAAUUCAAGUGCAUCCGACGUUGACGAUGCAGAAGAAUCACUUUUUGAGAAUAAGGCUCAAGAGCUCCAAUCAACCGAAGAGGAUAAUGAUGAUGAUGAAGCCACAAAUUCAUCGGUAUCAAGCUAUGCAUCAACCGAUUCACCGUCACGCAAACGAAAACACUUUGAUCCGGACGCCGUAAUUGCAACGGCACUCAACUAUCUCAGCACAAAUGAACCAGCUCGAGAUGAACUUUGGCAAUUUAUGAGCUAUUUGCAUACGGUAUUAAAAAAUCUGCCUCCACACCUUCAGCUCGAAUUAAAAAACAAGAUUCAGCGUGCAAUGUACGAAGUGGAAAAACAAGAUCUCGAAAAAUCCAGCGACCUCACCGCCGAUAAAGAUGUCGUACCUGAUCAAUGAAUCGAAUGAACAAAACAAAUAUACCAAUCGAGUCAGUGAAACAAAAUACAAACAAAAAUCGAUGAAUCAUUUAUAGAAUGGAAUAGAUUUUAGAGGCAGUCUAAUUUGAAGAAAAAAAACAACAACAACAAAAAAAUAGAAACCGAAGCAUAGCCAUAAGCCAUAAGUCAUUAAUUCAUCAAUUCUAAUACUAAAUCACACGAUUCACGUGACAUAGUACACAUCGAGCAAAUUCUAUUUGUGGCAAUUUCAUUCAUUGAUAUACGUGUAUACUUUGAUAGAUAUAACAUUGAAAUUAGCUGAUUAUUAUAUGUAAAUGUGUGUGAAGGAUAACAAUAGUAUUAUUAUUAUUUUUUUAAAUAUUCAUUUCGAAACAGGCCCAGUUUAGACCAUUUUUUCUCAGUAUUUUUUUUUUCGUUCAUUUGUAAACGCAAAAAUCGUGUAUUUUGACAAGAUAUGUGAAUAGUAUGAAUUCAUUCCUGCAAUUUGAAAUGAAAUAUAUUUGCAAUCUUUGAUUUUAA